AUGAAGUUCUCUCACAGUCUCCAAUUCAACAGCGUCCCCGACUGGGCGGACAAGUAUCUGGCCUAUUCUAACCUCAAAAAAGCCAUCUACCAGCUCGAACAGUCUCAACCCGUCGAUGGAUCCACCGAGAAUGACGUUGCGGGGACAGAGGAAUCGCAAGCGCUCCUCAGCUCCGGUGUGGCUGCAGAAGCGGAUCGCGUCUUCUUGCCGCUCCUCGACAAGGAGCUCAAGAAGAUCGUCGCAUUCUACGCUCAAAAGGAAGCCGAGCUGAACAGCGCCGUAGAACAGCUCAGAGUGGAUCUCGAAAGGCGGGAAAACGAAGACGUGUGGGGUGAAGAUGAAGAGUACAGCGAAGGAGAGGAGGACGAUGACGAUGAAGACUAUAAUCAGGACACUGGCACUACAGUGCGACAAAGCAGACGACCCAGCAUCGAGGGCGUCUUUAGCGACCCGCGCAAGUACAAUCAGGCUUCGAGGGAAGAGCGCGAUCUGCGGGGGUACACUGGGCCCCGAAGGCCACGCCGAGUAUCGAGCUCAGGAGGCGCAGAGGAUGGGGCCACGGCUGCUGGUGCAGCCUCCGCUUCGCGUCCCGCCAACUCGCGAAGGCGAAGUAGCUUGCUUGUAGACACCUCUGGUGCUGGUCCCACCGCCGCCGAAACAGCCGUGCCCGACGUCUUGGCGAUCGCCGAUGCUCGUCGGCAAGAGCGCAGUCCUACACGUCGGUGGAGCAACUUGUUCCGCAGGAGGUCGCAGGUCGGCAGUGGAAAGCGCAGCAUCGGAUUGGUGAUUCCACCCAGCCCAAGCGGAAACUUCGAAAGCGCACGAGGAGACGAGGCCAGCAGCGUGGGAGACGGCCGCAGUUUGAGCAUCUGGACCGCAGAGAACGACUGGGCGAUCGACUUGCGGAUCACGUUCAAGAAGCGAAUCACCGAUCUCUUUGUCGGUUGCUCCGAACUCAAGCAAUUUGUCCAACUCAACGAGACUGGUAUCAAGAAGAUUUGCAAAAAGUACGACAAAGUCGUCAACAGCAAUCUCAAAUCUCGCUACAUGGGAGAAGUCGUCGCACAUCAAUAUCCCUUCGAAGAGGCGACUCGCCAAAAGCUAGACGAGUACAUUGCGCUUCUCACAACCCUCUAUGCCAAGGUGGUGACCACUGGCGACUUGGCCCUCGCUCUGAGCCAGCUCAAGACGCACCUCCGCGAGCAAGUCGUCUGGCAGCGCAACACCGUAUGGCGAGAAAUGAUCGGCAUCGAGAGGCGUGCUCAGGGCGCAACUCUGGAGAGGAGCGUAAUGGGGACGCAAAGCAACAAGGGAGGCGAAGAGGUCAAGCCUUUGCGCUUGUGGACGCCUUUUGGCUAUACGCGCCUGCCAAGCUGGCUCGGUGUAUCGACGCUCCAGCUGAUGAUUGCCUUUACGAUGCUCACGCUGCUGCUGAAAGCACCGGGCUUGCGAUUCUUUGCACGAGUCGAAGAGCAAAACUGCCUCGCCAUGCUCAUCUUCUGCACCAUCCUGUGGGCAACCGAAGUCAUUCCGCUCUUCGUAACCUCGCUCAUGGUCCCAUUUCUCGUCGUCACGCUGCGGGUUGCUCGUACCGACGACAUCGAGGAUCGUCGUAUGUCUGCAGCCGAGACGACGCACUGGAUCUUUUCGCAAAUGUUUGCGCCGAACAUGUGCCUGCUCAUCGGCGGCUUCACCCUUGCUGCCGCGCUUUCCAAGUACAACAUUGACAAAUUCCUCGCCCAAAAGGUGCUUCGAAUGGCCGGCACACGUCCAGCCUUUGUCCUUCUCGCCCACAUGGGGGUGGCGUGCUUUGCUUCGAUGUGGAUCUCCAACGUCGCAGCGCCCGUCUUGCUAUUCUCGCUCAUCCAGCCCAUCCUGCGCAAUUUGCCUGCAAACUCGAGCUUUGCGCCAGCGCUGAUCAUGGGCAUUGCCCUAGCUUCCAACAUUGGCGGUCAGACUUCACCCAUCGCUAGCCCACAGAACCUCAUCGCCCUGCAGUACAUGGGCGAUGCGCCUGUCGGAUGGUUGCAAUGGUUCGCCAUCACGAUUCCCGUGUCGGGCCUCAGCCUCAUCGUCAUUUGGCUGGUUCUUCUCUGGAGCUAUGGCUCUGGGCACGGCACGAUCAUCAAGCGGCCAAACGAGAACAAGGACAGCUUUACGGGAAUUCAGUACUUCAUCUCUGCCGUCUCCAUCGCCACCAUCGCUCUGUGGUGCCUGGAGCGCAACUUUGAAUACGUCUUGGGAGACAUGGGUGUCAUUGCAAUCGUACCCAUGGUGCUGUUCUUCGGCACCGGCAUCCUCACCAAGGAGGACUUUAACAAUUUCCUGUGGACAAUCGUGUUUUUGGCCAUGGGCGGCAUCGCUCUUGGCAAGGCGGUGACGUCGAGCGGCUUGCUAGAGAGCCUAGACGCCCUCGUCCAACGACUGGUCACGGGCAUGCCAAUAUGGCAGGUGCUGUUCAGCCUCCUUGCCAUUGGCCUCGUGGUGGCCACCUUUAUCUCGCACACAAUCGCUGCUGUCCUCUUGGUCCCAAUCGCAGCCGAGGUGGGCGGCUCUCUUGCUCAACCGCACCCUCGCCUCUUAAUCAUGGCUACAACGCUUACUGCGUCCGCUGCCAUGGGAUUGCCCGUCUCUGGCUUCCCAAACAUGGCCGCUUCUGCACAAGAGGAUCAGACCGGCAAGCGCUACGUCAGCGUCAAGGACUUUCUCCGUGUUGGUAUUCUGGCAUCCAUUCUCGCCACUGCAGUCGUCGGCACCGUCGGCUUUGGCAUCAUGUCGCUGCUUGGCCUGUGA